AUGGGGUUCCUUGCCACGAAUAAUGCACAUAGCCCUUUUCGAAAAUCGAAUAACAGGUUCAAUUACAUCGCCACACUUGAAAGCAUAGUCCUCGAGUUCAAUCAGAUGUCUGGACCACUUCCUCAGGAGCUUGGUAACCUUACCCGCCUACAGAAACUGAGCUUGACGUCGAAUUAUUUUUAUGGGGAGUUGCCAGGAACACUAGCAAAGCUGACCACUUUGAAGGAUUUUCAGAUCGGGGACAACCUCUUUACAGGAAGCAUACCCAAUUUCGUCCAAAAUUGGAUACAUCUUCAAAAUUUAUUUAUCCAGGCUAGUGGUUUGGAUGGUCCAAUUCCUUCUGGCAUUGCUGUUAUGACAAAUAUGACUAAAUUAAGAAUUAGUGACUUGAAUGGAACUAAAGUUUCUACCUUUCCACCCCUCAAUAACAUGAGAAACCUGCAGUCACUGAUAUUAAAAAGUUGCAACAUUAUUGGAAGCUUACCAGAGUAUCUUGAGACAAUGAACAAUUUAACAACUUUGGACCUCAGCUUUAACAAACUAAGUGGAGAAAUUCCAAGCAACUUCGUCAAUCCAAGCGCUUCAAUUUCCAUGUACGGACUCUUAAUUCUUGUUUUUGGUUUCCUUGUGCCAGUUUUGGAUGUUGAUUCUCUGAAGCCACCAAAAUUAAAUUCAUUAACCGAUGACUUUGAAUAG